AUUAUGAUAAUGUCUUAAAUAGUCAAGAAGGGUCUAUAAUUAAUUAAAAAAGAGCCGAAAGUAUAAUUUGAAUAAAAGAAAAAAAAAAGAAAGAGGAGACAGGUAAUAGCAGCAAGGCGUUGAUGGAGGGGAAAGAGUGAAGAUGGAGCUUCUUUAAGGGCAAUGGCAAAAGAUGAAUUUGCUUUAAGACCUCUAUGAAUAGACAGUCAAAUGAGUAUUAAUGCUUUAUUUUUUUAAGAAACAAAUAGAGCUGGAUUACUUACACUUUUGUCGCCAAAAUCGGCGAUCCGACUUUCCCUGCUUUCCAACUGAAAUCGCCACGGACCCUCUCAUUACCCUCUUCCUCUGCUUCUUUAUCUCUAACUUUCCCUUUCCUGAACCCUGGUUGGGGUUCAGAGUUUCCGAUUUCCUAACCCUCUCUCUUCCAAAAUCACCAACUUGCUUUUUUGUUGCGCUGGUGCUCAUUUCCUGAGAAUUCUGUUUCUCUCCAAAUUUGACAAUUUGCAAAUCGCUUCAUCAGCUCUAUCUAUUUGCUUGUAUAUUUUGCCAAAAUAAGUACGUUGGGGAGUGGAAGACAAUCAUAAAAGGAGAUCUGGUGAAAAUCGAACAAAAAAGCAACCAAAUCAUGGGGAGUGCUGACAGAAUGAGGGGGAAAAUGUACGCUGCUCCAAUGCCGCCGGCACAUCGUCAUCUUUCCGGUUCCGAUCGCCAAAUCAUCCAUAACAAUGGCCCUGGCCUUCGAGUUUACCAAGCUUGGAGGGGCAACAAUAUAUUCUGCCUUGGGGGUAGAGUUAUAUUCGGUCCAGACGUGAGGUCGCUAUUCCUUACGGUUUUCAUGAUUGCGACUCCAGUAAUCUUGUUCUGCACUUUUGUUUCACAUGAGCUCAUAAAUGAAUUCCACCACCAUCUUGGCAAUCUUAUUGACGUUAUAUGUGCCAUCUUCACGGUAAUGUUUCUUCUGUUCAUUACAUCCUCUCAAGAUCCCGGUAUUAUUCCUCGUAAUCUUCAUCCUCCAGAUGAAGAUGGCUCAACUAUUUCUACAGAUUGGCCAGCAAUUCACGGUGGUGGUUCUAGUUUACCACCCAUGAAAGAUGUUUUGGUUAAUGGGAUAGUAGUCAAAGUCAAAUACUGUCAAACAUGCAUGCUCUAUCGCCCACCAAGAUGCUCUCAUUGCUCUAUAUGUAACAACUGUGUCGAGCGUUUUGAUCAUCAUUGCCCAUGGGUGGGGCAGUGUAUUGGGAAGAGAAAUUACAGAUUCUUCUUCAUGUUUGUGUCCUCUACAACCAUGCUCUGCCUCUAUGUUUUUACAUUUUGCUGGGUGAAUGUCAGGAAAAUAAUGGAAGCAUAUGACUGUAAUCACUGGAGGGCUCUUUUGAAGUCCCCCUUUUCAGGAAUUCUAAUAUUAUAUACAUUCGUAUGUGCUUGGUUUGUUGGAGGCCUCACUGCAUUUCAUCUGUAUUUGAUAUGCACCAAUCAGACAACGUAUGAGAAUUUCCGGUAUCGGUAUGAUGGGAAGACGAAUCCUUAUAACCUUGGUUUUUUACGCAAUAUUAUAGAGGUAUUUUUAACAAAGAUUCCCAAAUCAAAGAACAAUUUCAGGGAAAAGAUCAAGGCAGAGCCAUAUUCAGUAUAUGCCACUUCAAUGUCAUUGGGACAUUCCUUGAGCCCUGAGGUGCCUAAAACUAGCUUUGAUGUAGAAGCGGGAAAACGGCAAGCUGUUGCGGAUGAGGAUUUUGAAGAAAUACAGAGCCAUAUUGACAGCGUUGGUGGAUUGGAGAGGUGUGGGACCCAACCAAGACACACAAAUCGGGAUCAGAAAGCCAACUGGGAGAUAAUACCUGACAUACAUAUUUUGGCUGCUGACGUUGAAAUGGAUCAUGGUUUGAGAGAUAGACAGAAAAUUUCUCGAGAUCAUUGAAGUUGAUUGUACCGUGUAAAUUGUGGGAGGAAAGCAUUCACAUCCCAAAGACCAAUACCAUAUUACAUUCUAUAACUGGGCUGAUUGGAACUAGCCCAUCCGCAUGCCAUUCAACUAGAAGGAUGAAAAGGAUGUUAUACGCUUCAAGAGCAAAAGGAAUGCUCGUGCUUGAUAUGGUGUGAAGGACUAGAUAUUGUAAAUCAAACUGUCUUCGGUGUUAAUUUGGGAAUGCUGUGCUAUUACGUAUUGAAUUUUCUGGAAAAUUUUAGUCGGUUGUCAAUAUUAGUCAGUUCAUUCCAUAA